UGGAGGCACCAUAAUUGUGGACUCCGAAUGCUCAGACGUUCUGAAAUUUGAAGAUCCCAUUUUCAGAAAAGGGAUCCUUAAUGACGUUCUUUUUUAUUCUUUCCUGCAAUAAAUAAAUUGGAUGAUCAUCAAAAUGGAUUCUGUAAAUCACCCCAUAAUAAAUUAGUUGUCCUUCUUCUUCCCAAUUUCUCAAAUGGGGUUGUUCUCAUUCGAUUGAAAAGUAAAGUUUGGUGGGAAAUUUCUAUGUUUUGAUCUUUUUUUUAAAGGGUUUUUCUUUUUACGGCUAUAAAAUGAGGAAGAAACCUCGGGCUGUAAAAACUGGGCCAGAUGCAGAAUUGAGCACAGAAGCAGCACACGAAAGCACAAUGACUACCUCUGAGGGACUAGAAGGUACCAAUACAUCCUUGAAGAAAUUAAAAUCACCAUUGACCAGCCAAAGUACUUCUAAAGAGAGAGCGAAUAGGUUCUCUAUCCGUCGAUCUGGACGUAUCCGAAAUUCCAUGCCUCAAAGCCCCAAAAUACAGAGCGUCAUUGAAGAGAUUACACUUAGUGAAAGUGAUGCAGAAGAUGAGUUGCCUACUGACCAUGAGAAAAGUUUGCCACCUCCUGACCAAGAGAAUGAUUGGGCAGACUUAAUGAAGAAGGAAAGGAAAUUUGAAGGGAAAAUUGACUAUAUUGUAAAACUACUUGAAGCACAUGGCUAUACCUUAGACUCAAUAAAGACUGAGGUUAUCAAAAGAUCAAUCUCGAUGGAAACGGUACCUACGCCUGAAAUGAAUUAUAAGAGCAUGUAUAUAGCAUCCCAGAAGAAGAUUGAAGAACUAGCUGAAGAAAAUCGAGUGCUUACUCAAAAAUUGGAGAAUGCUCUUGACCAAUACGAAGCUUACAAGAAUGGGAAUCAUGAUGCUUUUGAAAUGUUGGAGAAGUUAAAGGAUGUCAUCGUGAUUUCGAACAGUCUGAAAGUUUCCGAAUCAACUCAAGCUAUGUCUCAAGCAGAACUCGACAAGGAUACGUCUCUCGAUGCGGGCGACGUUCCUCCUCCAGGCAAGAAAAAGAAGCUCCCUAAUCAAAAUUGAACAAGAAUAUGGGUUCCCUCCUCAUGGUUGUGACUCUUUCGUUGCAUGCUCUUUAGUCAGACUUGUUUGUCAACUAAAGUUUGUUUCUUUUGGGUGGGGGGCUGGAUCAUAGAAUAGAAUGCUGGCCCUUUCAUUAGCCAUGAAAAGGAAUGAAAGAUGUCAGAUUUGAAAAUAGAAGUUUCUUAAAAGAUAACUAUUUUGGAAAUUAGAUUUUAAAAUAGCCUUUUUGCUUCUAUGUUGGGAACUUGUAUGAUGAACUAAUUUUAAAGAACG